AUGAAGCGCAAGCGCGGCGCGGAUGAUGGCUGGGACUCUGAGGAUUCGGACUUUGAGGACCUCAAGGGCUUUGAGCGAUCGGGGCUGUCGCUAGCGCUUCGCGGUGCCAAGUCGGUCGCGCUGGCACCCAGUAUCGCGGCCUCGCUUGGCAAUAGAUCGCUGGGUGCCAAGUCAACAGGCGCGCUGUCGCGGGGCGGGAGGUCGGUUGGCGGCCGGAGCGUCAAGUCACACGGGGAGCGCAGCCAGAAGCACCAAAAGGGCUCGCAGCACAGCGGCGAGCGGUUCAAGUCAAAGAAGAAGGGGACAGGUGGUGAUGUCAAGGGCUCGGCAAAGGUGGAGCCAUAUGCUUACUGGCCCCUUGACAGGCGCUUAAUGAACCGGCGGCAGCAGAAGAGCAAGGGAGCGAAAGAGGGGCUUGAUAAGGUCGUUGUGGCAGCCAGACAGGGGGCAGCGAAGGGCAACAAGGCAAAGCGUUUGAGGCGCAAAUGA